UUUAGGGUCAUAUAAUGAGGAUGAGUCGAUUUUCUCGAACGUGCAACUUAACAAAAGCCAACUGCCAUUCAAGUUUGUUGCCUUUAGAAUCCAUGCCAGCAUAUUCUAAAAGAAAGUCAAGGUCCUCCUUGGAGGUAUCAGAGAAGUCGAACCAGCCGAAAAUUGUUAAGCGGACUGUGCAAACUGAAAAAAAUGGUAACGACAGUGCGCCUGAGCAAGAGAUAGUUACAGAAGAAACAAUUGUUCCAGAGAAUGGCGAGACAAUUGAAGAUGAAGAAUUACGAAGACUGCGCGAAAAUCAAAGUGCUAUUCAAGAGUUUUCAAAGAAAGAUCCAGAAUCAAAUGACGAUGCAUCUUCAGCAGGAUUGGUUGAUGGAGAGGAAGAUAAGCAAGAGGAUGAAGAUGUAGAAAAGGAUAUAACACAACGAAAUACUGGAAAUCGUCCUCUUCCUGCUGGAUCUGUUCACAGAACUACUAGUCAUUUAACUCCGGUGCCUGCUCGUCCUCUCAACUCACACAACAACAAUACCCAACGAUUGAUUGUCGUUUUGGACCAGGCUUGUUUAGAAAUUUACAAGGUUGGAAAGGCAAAAGAUGCAAAAUACCAGCUAUUGAAUUGUGAUGACCAUCAAGGUAUUUUGAAGAAAUUGAAUAGAAAUAUUGCUCAAGCACGUCCUGACAUUACUCAUCAAUGUCUCUUAACUUUAUUGGAUUCACCACUCAACAAGGCCGGGCGUCUUCAGGUUUAUAUUCACACAGCCAAGAAAGUUCUUGUUGAAGUGAAUCCUUCAGUGCGUAUCCCACGUACAUUCAAGCGAUUUUCUGGUUUGAUGGUUCAACUACUCCAUAAACUUUCUAUUCGAAGCGUGAAUGGAAAUGAAAAGUUGCUAAAGGUUAUUAAAAACCCCGUUACUGAUUAUCUUCCCCCUAAUUGCCGUAAAGCUACUUUGUCUUUUGACGCACCCACUGUCCCAACUCGUAAGUAUUUGGAAAAAUUAGAACCAAAUCAAUCAGUUUGUAUUGCCAUUGGUGCCAUGGCUCAUGGUCCCGAUGACUUUUCUGAUGGUUGGGUGGACGAGAAAAUAAGUAUCAGCGAUUACCCCUUGAGUGCUAGCAUCGCAUGCUCUAAAUUCAUCCAUUCUAUGGAAGACUUUUUGGGAAUUGUGUAAAACAAGUUUGUGAAGGAUUCCGUCUAGUAUCAUCUAGAUGUGUUUGGUUAAAUUCGGUUUCAUUUUGUUAUAGAUUUUGGUCUAAUGAGCACGUCUCAGUUCCUUCGACAAAAAGCUUGGAGUCAUGUGAAAAACCAAUACAAAAGAGUGUUUAAUUUUUUGGGUUAUAUAUAAAGAUAAGCAUUGUUAGAUUCAGCAAUCAAUACUAAUUAACGGGAAUUGUCAUACAAUGGUUUAGAUAGAAUUUAUUUCAUUUUAUUAAGAUAUACCCAUUAUGCAAAUAGAAAAAAACCCAACCCCGAGGAAAAG